UAUAGAUUAGAGGGAAACAUAGUCGUCGAUAUUACUGUAAAUAGCCAAAUCGGUCAUUAUUUUCCUAAAAUACUAAUCGAUUUAGGACAGCCCAUCCUUUAUAAUAAUAAAUCUUGUACAACUGGUAUGUCUCUCUAAUUAAAUUGCCAAUAACAUCUAAAUUUUAUUGUCGUUCCAAGAGGUAAAAAGUUGAAAAAAAACAAUCAUGAGGGAGGAAAUGUCAUACACUGGCGGGGUCAAACCGAUGCCCAUUGCAGGUCGUAUGGUUCGUCAACGUGAACGUCUUCUUGGAAUGACUGAUGAAGAACGAGCUUGGCGUGCACAAUGGUUAAAAGAUCAGCAUUUAGCUCCUGAGGAGCCCGUUCCUAAUCCGGAAUACUACAAACAACGUUAUAAUGCGUUUAGAAGAUUUUAUAGAUGGCCCUUAGAUCAGCUUGAAAAUUUUUUAACACCCAAAAUAGGAACUGAUUGGGCUUAUUGCUGUCGUCACGGAAUAAGCAAAACAUUUUUUGCUCUCAUGUUUACAUAUUAUAUGGUUUAUUACUUCAAGUAUAAUUCCAAUGAUUGGACAAGAGUUGGUGGAUUAAAAGUGUCAAUGUCAAGACCUGUCAUGUAUCGUGACGAUCCGAACUUUCCAAAUUUCCAAGAAAAAACUACAAGAGAAUUCGCUGAUUAUGGUUUCAGUAAAUCUCCACUUUAAGUUAGAUUUGGUUGUAAAUAUAGUAUAAUGAGGAAUAAAUGUGUUAAAUAAUAUUAAA